AAUAGCUCACCAAAGAAAAAAGGUGAGAAAAAAUGUGGAAGAAAAUAUCACAAGGCUUGGGAAAAGGACUUCCCAUGGAUCACUAAAGCUUCUGAUGGUUCUGAAUAUGGCUAUUGCAAAUUAUGUCAUUGUUUGCUAAGGCCAAAGAAGGAUUCUUUCAUUCACCAUGGAAAAACGAAAAAGCAUUUGAAAAGGGAGCAUGCUUUGAUGUCAGAUCAACCCAUUGGUCAUGUCAAAUCAUCGAUCCCAGUCAGAAAAAGAGAUCCCUGGCCACUGUUAGAGAAUGAUGAAGCUCAGCCUUCAGAAGCAAUGCACCACUCUGCUUGUAGUUAUCAGUCCAACAGCCACGUCUCAGCAAUUAAUACUGGAAGAAUAAAGCAGAGUGAUGAAGUUCAAAGACCAGGUCAAGAUCCAGCCACUGAACCAGCUAUGAUCUUUGUGGUGCCAAGUCCGAGCUUUAGACACGAUGCCCUUGACACUGUCAUUGAACGGGGCAUUAUUGAAUGGAGCCAAAUCAAGAGUGUGCUGCAGAGGGGUCACAUUUUUGUUGAGCAGUCAAAGUCGCAAAAGACAAGCAGGCUACUGUGCAUGCUGAUACAUGGUGGGCCCAAGGUGGGCACCUCUGCCCUGGCUGCUCACCUUGCCAAGCAGGGCAACUUCAAUGCCGUCAAAUUCCUCACGCCCUUUGAUAUGAUUGGACUCUCUGAGACUGCUAAGUGCUUGUUCAUGAAGAAGAUAUUCGAGGACUCAAGCAGGUCACGGUUGAGUUGCAUAAUCCUGGACGAUGUGGAUGAGAUGAUAGGAAGCUCCUCCGUCAUGCUGAGCGCCGUCAGAGACUUGCUCAAGUACACGCCUCCCGAGGAUCGCAAGCUGCUGGUGAUGUGCACGAGCCAGAAUCAUGCUGCGCUGGACGGCCAGCUGCCCGCCAGGUUCUCGAAGAAGCUGGAGGUGCCGCGCAUCGAGGACGUGUAUGACAUCAGACUCGUCUUGGAGCAGUCCAAGUCCAUGUCCCUGCAGGAGGUGGAUGAGGUGUGCAGUCGCAUCCCCGUGGGCAGCUUCCGCGUGGGCAUGAAGGAGCUGCUCUGUAUGCUGGACACCAUGCACGUUAUGGGAGGGUCGUCGGAGGACCGCAUCGUGGCUUUCUGCAAUGACCUGCUGCCUCCCCAGGAAUUGUACGCGCCCGAUGAGCAGUAUUAAAAUAAGGAGUUAUGUUAGCAAAAGAUUGUUUUAUGCUACUAUUACCAGACGAUUGUUUCGCGCAAAUAUUACCAUUAGAUUAUUUUAUGUUU